AUGCCUCAAAAUGAGUAUAUGGAUAGGUGGAGAAAGCUCCACGGCAGGCGUCUUGACCAUGAGGAGAAAACUCGAAAGAAGGCCGCACGAGAAGGGCACAAAGCUUCCGAAGACGCACAAAAGUUGACGGGUCUGCGCGCGAAGUUAAUGCAGAAGAAUAGACAUCAUGAGAAGAUACAGAUGAAAAAGCAAAUCAAGGCGCACGAAGAGCGAAACGUAAAGAGCUCUGCGCCGGCCGAACCUUCGAGCACACCCCUCCCACAAUAUCUCCUCGAUAGAUCAAACCCUACGAACGCAAAAGCCCUCUCAUCAGUAAAUGCCCAUACUAAUGUCAGACCAGCUAUCAAAAACAAGCGUAAUGAGAAGGCGGCCAAGUUCUCUGUACCUUUGCCAAAGGUCAGAGGUAUCGCGGAAGAGGAAAUGUUCAAAGUUGUGAAGACGGGCAAGAAGACGGUUCUUGACAACAGGUACGAGCGAUUUAUUCGACCUAUGGGUCUUCGUUACAAAAAGGCGAAUGUCACGCAUCCAGAGCUCGGAGUUACCGUGCAACUUCCAAUCAUUAGUGUCAAGAAGAAUCCCCAAAACUUAGGUGUACUUACCAAAGGAACGAUCAUUGAGGUCAAUGUGAGCGAGCUGGGGCUUGUGACCGCCGGUGGAAAGGUCGUUUGGGGUCGCUGGGCCCAGAUCACGAACAACUGUGAGAAUGAUGGUUGUGUGAAUUGGUUGUGUCCUUCUCGUCUGAUUUGGUGGAGUAAUUUCGACAGAUCAUUGCAUGGCAGGGUGUUUAUGGCGUUGGUGAUAUAA